CGCAUGCGCACGACGAUCCCAUUCUUGUCCUGCAGGCAGCAUUCCGGGUGGAGUGUGAGUGAGAGAAAGAGAAAGACACAAGAGAUUUGAGGCCGUACACUGUAUAUUUACAAAAAGAAACACGAGCUGUAUGUCCAAACCAGCUGCGGCGUUAAAGCGGGAUAUGGGCUCUCCAGGGCAGAUCCCGGGACAAGACAUGGAGCUCUAAGCUAGCCCUCUCCAUCCAUCUCCAUUUGCUGCCUUGCACGCUGUUUGCCAAAACCACCUCCUCUACCCCUGCUGUAGCGGUUUGGCUCAGACUCCUAUAAGAGAAGAAGAAGGAAAAAAACCCAAGUGGGAGGGAGUAGUAAACUUUCCCCAGCUGCUGUCCAGACACACACAUGCUGCAUUGCUGCCAUUCCCCAAGCCCUGCUCCAUCCAUCCCUAGGGCACGGCCACUAGCUUGCUAGCGAGCUAGCACUUGGCACAAAGACAAGGCCUGUCCUCGGGGAUAAAAAUACAAGCAGACUGUGUACAUUUGCCUCUUUCUUUUUUCUCCCUUUUUCCGGGUCACCCAGCCCAAACACCCAUUAACUGGGGCUCCUUUUGUUUAGCUGUCAUACCCACUGCUUUGAGCAGUGGAGGAUUACUAGUAUCCGGUCAGUCAGUCAUUCAGCCAGGCAGACUGAGGAAGCCAGAGGGGUUGGUUAUCAGAGGCCAGGAUGAUGGAGCCCAGCAUGGAGAACUGCCUGGCCCUGGUCCUGCAGAAGGACAUGGGCCGUCGGCUGCAGGUGGGGCAGGAGAUCAUUGAUUACAUUUUGGACAAGGAGAAGUCCCACGACCUGGAGCAGGAUCAGACAGCACUGGACAAAAUGGUUGAUGGCAUCGCCAGCUCCUGGGUCAACUCCAGCAACUUCAAGGUGGCUCUGCUUGGCUUGGACCUCUUAUCUGCCUUAGUGACGAGGUUACAGGAGCGAUUUAGGGCCCAUGUGGGAACAGUCCUGCCCAGCCUUAUUGAUCGACUGGGAGAUGCUAAAGACCAAGUGCGAGACCAAGACCAAACAGUGCUGCUAAAGAUCAUGGAACAAGCUGCCAGCCCGCAGUAUGUGUGGGACAGAAUGUUGGGAGGCUUCAAACAUAAGAACAACAGGACCAGAGAAGGAGUGUGCCUUUGCCUCAUUGCCACACUGAGCACAUAUGGAGCUCAAGGCCUGACCCUCAGUAAAAUUGUUCCCCACAUAUGUAACCUCUUGGGGGACCCCACAAGUCAGGUACGUGACGGAGCUAUGAGCUGCUUGGUGGAGAUCUACAGACAUGUGGGUGAGAGGGUGAGGAUGGAUCUCAGCAAAAAGGGCUUGCCACAGUCACGGUUGAAUGUAAUCUUUAGCAAAUUUGAUGAAGUCCAAAGAUCCGGGAACAUGAUCUCAUCGUCUGGCUCAGAUAAGAACUUUGAGGAUGAAGAUUCUGUGGACGGAGGCCGGUCCUCUUCCUCUUCAUCAUCCAAAGCACCCCCCAGUGGCAGGAGGACUGUAGUGAGCUCUGUUAGAAGACCCAGCUCAGCCACCACAGCUAAGGCGACAGGUAAAGAAGCAGGUGCUGGUGCUGUUGAUGAAGAGGAUUUUAUCAAAGCCUUUGAAGAUGUGCCCACAGUGCAGAUCUACUCUAACAGAGAGCUAGAGGACCAGCUGACUAAGAUCAGAGAAGUGCUGUCUGAUGACAAACAUGACUGGGAGCACCGAGUGGUCGCGCUGAAAAAGGUCCGUUCUCUCAUGCUGGCCGGGGCAACAGAGUACGAGGGUUUCCCUCAACAGCUGCGUCUCCUGGAGGCUCCCCUCAAACUGUCAGCUAAAGACCUGCGCUCACAGGUGGUCCGCGAGGCCUGCAUCACACUGGGACAUUUGUCAUCAAUACUGGGUAACAAGUUUGACCAUGGAGCAGAGAGCGUCAUGCCCACACUGCUGAACCUCGUGCCCAACAGUGCCAAAGUCAUGGCCACCUCUGGGGUGGCCACCAUCCGCCUCAUCCUCAGGCACACACACUACCCGCGCCUCAUCCCCAUAAUCACCAGUAACUGCACCUCCAAAUCAGUAGCAGUCAGACGACGCUGUUAUGAGUUCCUAGACCUCAUGUUACAAGAGUGGCACACUAAUACACUGGAAAGACAUGUGGCUGUUCUGACUGAGACCAUCAAGAAAGGCAUACACGAUGCUGACUCUGAGGCCAGAUCCAUUGCAAGAAAAUGCUAUUGGGGUUUCCAUGGUCACUACAGCCGGGAGGCAGAGCAUCUGUUCCAGGCGCUGGAGUCCACCUAUCAGAAGGCCCUCCAGUCUCACCUGAAGAGCUCUGACAGCAUCGUGUCUCUACCCCAGUCUGACCGCUCCUCAUCGUCUUCCCAGGAGAGUCUUAACCGGCCAUUGUCUGUGAAGAGUGUCAUUGGAGGGAGCAUAACAAGGAGUAAGCUGGUGAGCACCAGGGUGUCUACUACACCAGGUUCUCUCCAGCGUUCCCGUAGUGACAUCGAUGUGAACGCCGCCUCCAGUGCCAAGUCACGUCUGUCCACCGUCCCUGCCUCCUCGCCGUUCAGCUCUGCAGCUGCCCUUCCUCCAGGAUCCUAUGCCUCAUUAGAUGGCACUCCCGGUAAAAGUGAUGGUCGUGUUCGUACCAGGAGGCAAAGCUCAGGCAGCGUGGGUGGAGCCAGUACCUCAGUGGUGGACAGUAGGGGGCGCAGCCGAGCCAAAGUUGUCUCCCAGUCUCAGCCCGGCAGUCGCUCCAGCUCCCCGGGUAAGCUUCUUGGCCACAGCAGCUACGGCCGGAUCCCCCGAGCCACGAUGUCAGCCACCACCACGCCAGCAGACAAGCGCAGCAGGAUCCCUCGCAGCCAGGGCUGCAGCCGGGAGACGAGCCCCAGCCGACUAGGCCUUGCCCGGAGCCGCAUUCCCCGUCCCAGCAUGAGUCAGGGUUGCAGUCGCGACACCAGUCGCGAGAGCAGCCGCGACACCAGCCCUGCUCGGGGCUUCACUCCUCUGGCCUCCCGACGUCACUCCCGUUCAACCAGCGCUCUCUCCACAGCCGACCCCCACAGCCAGUCAGACCGAUAUGGUUUAAUUCACCAAGCAAGAAUCUCUGCAUCAGUCAAUGCCAUGAGGGUCCUUAACACUGGCACUGAGGUGGAGGCAGCAGUUGCUGAUGCUCUGCUAUUAGGAGACUCCAGGAAUAAGAGGAAGCCAUUGAGGCGGAGGUACGAAUCACCAGGGAUGUACUCUGAUGAUGACGCCAACAGCGAUGCUUCCAGUGCCUGCUCUGAGCGCUCAUAUGGCUCAAGGAACGGAGGCAUCCCUCAUUACCUGCGCCAGACAGAGGACGUGGCGGAGGUCCUGAACCACUGCGCCAGCUCCAACUGGUCAGAGAGGAAGGAGGGCCUGCUGGGCCUGCAGAAUCUCCUCAAGAGCCAAAGAAUACUGAGCCGUGUGGAGCUGAAGAGACUCUGUGAGAUCUUCACAAGGAUGUUUGCAGAUCCACAUAGCAAGGUGUUCAGCAUGUUCCUGGAAACUCUGGUGGACUUCAUCACAGUACACAGGGAGGACUUGCAGGACUGGCUGUUUGUCCUGCUCACUCAGCUGCUGAAGAAGAUGGGCGCAGACCUGCUGGGCUCCGUCCAGGCCAAAGUCCAGAAGGCCCUGGAUAUUACAAGGGAGUCCUUCCCAUUUGACCAGCAGUUCAACAUUCUGAUGAGGUUCAUCGUCGAUCAGACUCAGACACCUAAUCUGAAGGUUAAGGUGGCCAUUUUGAAGUACAUUGAGUCCCUGGCUCGGCAGAUGGACCCGACUGACUUUGUCAACUCCAGCGAGACGCGUCUGGCCGUAUCUCGCAUCAUCACCUGGACCACUGAACCCAAAAGUUCUGAUGUCAGGAAGGCGGCCCAGGUGGUGCUGAUCGCUUUGUUUGAGCUCAACACCCCAGAGUUCACCAUGCUGCUAGGAGCUCUCCCCAAAACCUUCCAAGAUGGAGCCACCAAACUGCUACACAACCACCUGAAGAACUCCAGCAAUACCAGCAGCAGUGUUGGGUCUCCGAGCAACACCAUCGGCCGGACGCCAACACGCCACACCCCCAGCAGAACCAGCCCCCUCACCUCUCCAACAAACUGCUCCCACGGAGGACUGUCUCCAAGCAUGAUGGAGUAUGACACAGAAAACAUGAACUCUGAAGAGAUCUACAGCUCGCUGCGAGGCGUCACUGAGGCCAUCCAGAGCUUCAGCUACCGGAGCCAGGAGGACUUGAAUGAGCCAAUCAGACAGGAGGGCAAGAGGGAUGAUGCUGCAGGAAGAGAGGGUGUAGCGUCCUCUCCCGGCUCUGACGCCCGCCUUGGCUUAGACGUGGUGGAAGGGGGUCGCACCGCCUUAGACAACAAGACCUCGCUACUAAACACGCCAUCACCUCGAUCGUUCUCUGGGCCACGGAGCCGUGAGUUCGCUCCCUAUGGUUACGGAGAAACCAUCUGCACAUAUGACAAGAGCGCCCUGAAGGAGGCCGUCUUUGAUGAUGACGUGGAGCAGUUCCGCGACUGCCGACGUCAGGAAAGUGGUGAAAACAAGAUGACGCUCCCCAAGGUCUUUGCUCCUGCAGUCGGUCAGGACCACUCAGACAUGGUAGCCGACCUGCUCAAGGAAUUGUCCAAUCACAAUGAGCGUUCUGAGGAGCGUAAAGGCGCCUUGGUGGAUCUGCUGAAGAUCACACGAGAAGACAGCCUGGCUGUGUGGGAUGAGCACUUUAAAACCAUCCUCCUCCUUCUGCUGGAGACACUGGGUGAUAAAGAUCACACCAUCCGAGCCCUGGCCCUGCGUGUGCUCAAAGAAAUUCUGAGGAACCAGCCGGCCCGCUUCAAAAACUACGCUGAGCUAACCAUCAUGAAGACCCUGGAGGCUCACAAAGACUCCCACAAGGAGGUGGUGCGUGCAGCUGAGGAGGCAGCAUCCACCCUGGCCGGCUCCAUUCACCCAGAGCAGUGCAUUAAGGUGCUGUGCCCUAUUGUGCAGACAGCCGACUACCCAAUCAACCUAGCUGCCAUCAAGAUGCAAACCAAAGUCAUUGAACGCAUCGCCAAGGACUCCUUACUGCAGCUGCUGCCUGACAUCAUCCCCGGACUCCUACAGGGCUAUGACAACACAGAGAGCAGCGUUCGCAAGGCCAGCGUGUUCUGUCUGGUGGCUAUCUAUUCUGUGAUUGGCGAAGAUCUCAAACCCCACCUGGCACAGCUCACGGGCAGCAAGAUGAAGUUACUGAACCUGUACAUCAAGCGAGCCCAGACGACCAACAGCAAUAGCAGCAGCUCCUCAGACGUCUCCUCUCACAGUUAAUGGAGGGAGGUUUCAUUUGAAAACCCUGUGGAUGGGCGCUGUUGGAGGAUUUCCAGGGCAAAGCUGUGCUUCUUUCAGACUUCUCCGUCUCUGAGCUUCCCCUCCUCCUCCACAUCACAACUUGAGCACCACCACGCUUUUCUCCAUUUUAAAGGAGAUCCUGUCAGCAACCAUUGUCAUUCAGUUCCUCCUCCCCACCUUUUGCUCUAGAAACUUAUGAAUGUAACUGUGGAUUGGGUUUAAACCAGUGGGGAGGAAAUCAACACAUUCUGAGUUUUUGGAUCUAGGAAAUGCACUUUCUGUUCCUCCUCGGUUCCCACGACCUCCACACCGCCUUUUAUCUUUGCGUGUUUCUCCUUAAGCCCUCAGAUUUGGUAGAUUAAAGAGUUCGUACAUGAUGGCGUGAAGUAUUCAUGAUCAGAGGGAGAAAUUUCUGUCAGAUUGAGUACAGUUUGGGAUGAUAUGUCAUUUGGCUGGCCCAGUGAUGGUAACAAGCUCAUAGGUUUUGGGUUGAAUUGUGGUUUGGGAAGCAUAAAACCAAAUAUUGUUAGGAAAAAAAAGAAAUGUGUAAAGGAACAAAGUGACAGAAAAAAGGAAGUACUGUAUGAGAAUUUUUAGUUCAUGUUUUAAGUUUAUUGAUCAUGAUUGUGGCUCGCAGAAGUCCAUGCAUCGAUUGUUGUCUUUUUUAUGCUAAUCUGUAACUAAAAGUGGCUUAAUCAAUUGAAUCCCCCCUUACGAAAACAACUGUUACAUUUAAGAAGGUAACAAGGUGCCAAAAGAUACAUUUUCAGCGACAGAAUUGACAAUCCUUAAAAUUUUGUGCAGAUUUUUAUUUUCAGGUACGGAAGAAGAAAUCGGUGGUAGACUGCACAAUAAAGUUGAAUUUGUCUUGAAAUUAACAAUCAGCAGACAGUAGAAAAAUAUGAAAAGUUCAAUUGUGUUGCCUGCAUUUUCUCACUCAACUUUCUGCAUUAAGUUCAAAAACUGUUUUUGUUGUUUGUUUGUUUGUUUUUAAACAUACUUUCAGAAAUGGUUGCCUGUUGGUUGCCAGUCUGUGGCAUCUUACCUGUAAAACUCUGAGGUUGCUGCUCAGUAGAGUGACUCUGUUUGAAGAGGAAGUCCUUUGUAAAUAUUCCACAUUUUUCCUGCUUGGAGUCAGGAGAGAUCCAAGCAAUCCCAGACAGUCAGAAAGACAUUACCAGGCCUUAUUCACUUCGCACACUAAUGUUAGUCGAUUGGGACUGCAGAGAGUGGAUGGGAUGUACAGCACUGUAACUCUUGGCUCUGAUAAAAAAAACAAAACAAAAAAAAAAAAACAAUGUGAAUCAGCAGGAAAACAGACCCGCGGCAGUGUUCUUGACCUGUGACGAUGCAAAUACAGUAUUUGUUGUUUCCUCUGAUCUCCUUCGGUUCCCCUUCACGUAACCACAGCUUCUGCAAUAAAUCCACAAUUAAAGGUAUUUUGUACAUACACUUUUUGACCACUGCUUCGCAAGGUUUUACAUUAUGUCAAUGGAGAAAAAAAAAAGAAAAGUGAACAGGUUGACUAUCACUUUUUUGCACGUUAGCAAAAAUAGCUUGCAUGUAUCCUGCAGCACAUGCCAACUUGCUGUUUUGAAGGGCCCAGGUUUUUGGCUGUUAAAGUGCACUUGUGACAUCACCUGAUUACUCAUCUCUGAUUUAAUGUUUCAGCAGAAGAGGUAGUCACAUUAGUCACACACAUAUGUAAAAGGUACAAAAUGGAGAUUUAAGCUGGUAGAAGUAUCCAGGCGAGGUACUGAGAAAUUAUACCUCUGGACACGGCUGUGAUUUAUUGUUGGGAUUUUUUUGUUUUGUUUUGUUUUUUUGCUUUUUUUUUCCAAGUGUUAGAUUUGAGGUAUCAAGAAGCUUUAAAAUUUUGGAUCUUGCACUGAGAUCUCUCUUUAAGUUGUUGGGUUCCCGACGUUUAGCCCUAAGAGAUAUGACUCCAGCCAUGGAUCCCUGAUUUUGAAAAGUCUCCCCUGUUUGAUCAGAUUUUUUUAUUGCUGGAUAUGAUUUAGAUGACCGUGGUACAAUUAAUCUACUGUAGGAAGAGAUCAGUCUCAUGCCUUUUAAAUUCCGUUAUCUCAUUUGCUAAAUCCUGGCAAAUGACUCAUAAUAAUAAGGAAAUGGAAGUAUUUCUGAUAUCACCUGGGGACAGCCUGAGUCCUUGGAUGGACAAUUUUGGACUCUUGGACUUUUCGUUGAGUAGUGUUUUCAUUCAGGGAAUCCACUGAGAGUUGUGGUUAUUUAAGUAAAUGAAUGUACAGACUUAAUAUGUGUUAUAAUUAGCUUUUUAAGUAUUGGUACUGAAACUGACUUCAGCAACAUGCAGCCCUGUACACUCUGUAACAUGCCUGUCUGCACUCUACCUGACUUUUCUUUCUCCUGAAUUCCCUCAACAGGUUCAGACCGUUAAUCAGCCUCGUGUUGUUUUUCAGCCAAUUAAAACAAAUCUACACAUGGUGUGAGGGGGAAAGUUCAUCAAUCAGCAAACUACCGGCCACUAGCAUAUGUUAUCACAUUACUGGUCCUAGAAACAGACUACAUGGUAUUCCUUGCAAACUGUUCACUAUGCAUGUUCUACAGUACACUGUCUUUCUUUUGUCUCAAUCAGUCAUGUAUACCUGUAUUUAUAUAUUUUAUUUGAUCUUAUUUUAUUUUGUUCUCUCAUGAUUAAACUGUACAGAAGGGUUUCUUUUGUUAACUUCCACCUGUGAUAGGUUUGCAACAAUGUAAAGAAAUUGUUUGCUCUAGAAAUAAACAGACUAAGAACUGA